AUGCCCACGGGAAAGCUAGCCAAAUGGCAAAUAUUGCUGAGUGAGUUUGAAAUUGUGUAUAUAACUAAAAAGACAAUCAAGGGGCAAGCUUUAGCAGAUUAUUUGGUUGAUGAUGAAUAUGAGCCACUUCAGGCUUAUUUCUCGGAUGAGGAAAUUUUAUUCAUAGGAGAAGACAUUACAAAAAUUUACCCCGGAUGGAGGCUAUUCUUUGAUGGGGCGGUCAACUUUAAAGGUUCAGCAAUCAGAGCAGUUUUGGUGUCAGAAAUGGGUCAACACUAUCCAGUAACUACUAAUUUGCAUUUCCCAUACACCAAUAACAUGGCCAAAUAUGAAGCUUGCAUCUUAGGUCUCAAAUUGACACUUGAUAUGGGCGUUCAUGAAUUGCUAGUCAUCGGGGAUUCAGAUUUACUGAUUCAUCAUGUAUGGGGAGAAUGGGUGGUAAAAAAUUCCAAGAUUACUCCUUAUGUAGAGCUGCAUCCAAAUCAUAGUUACAUUGAUCCUUUGGAAAUAAUCUUGAAGGAGCAACCCGCCCAUUGCGCACACGUUGAAGAGGAUCCUGAUGGAAAGCCAUGGUAUUAUGAUAUCAAAAGGUAUUUAAAUUCUGGAAUAUAUCCUGAAAAGGCCAGUAACAACCAAAAGAAAACAAUCUGGCAUUUGGCGAAGAACUGUUUUCCAAGUGGGGAAAUCCUGUUUAGGAGGACUCCAGAUUUGGGAUUCUUAAGAUGCGUCGACGCUGUGGAAGCCAAUAAAUUGAUAAAAGAAGUACACGCUAGAGUUUGCGGGCUCCACAUGAAUGAGUUUUCCCUUGCUAGAAAGAUCCUGAGUACCGGUUACUUCUGGAUGACUAUGGAAAAUAAUUAUAGUAGGUAUAUGCAGAAGUGUCCAAAAUAUCAGAUACACGGAGAUUUGAUUCGAAUGCCUCCACUUGAGCUUCAUGAGAUGAACUCACCUUGGCCUUUCGUAGCUUGGGGCAUGGAUUUUAUCAGAUCGAUAUAG